UUUUGGAUCUUAGCCGCAGCCCUGUCAUGAUUGAUAUGCGGCGGCAGAUAAGAUGCAUGUGCCUGGAAUUCGGGUACAGCACUUGUCGAGGAACUUGAGGUAGGCCUGCAUCCGAAGAUUAUUAAUAAUAAGAGUGUUAGAUCGGCAGUUCCGACGGGGUAAUACUGUAGUGAGUUGUAACCCUCUUCCAGCCCCUCCUAGUAAAAAGUUGCACAUACGGUUCAGGACGUACUGCUGUUGAGAAGAGUCAAUACUCUUGAAUACUUUAGAUAUCUUGUUGUGACUUCUUCUCAUUUGAUCUAUCUUGCUGUUCAAGUAGAGACAUAAUUUCGCCAAUCAUUCCAAGCAAUAUGGCUCUCCCAGCUAGCAAUGGCAAGACGGUUCUUGUCACCGGUAUCAAUGGAUAUAUCGCCAGUGUUCUCGGACAACUCUUGCUUUCAAAAGGAUACUCUGUUCGCGGCACCACUCGACGCAAGGCGAGUUCAGAGCCUCUUCUCAAGGGGCCUUACGGACCGUACAAAGAGCGAGUCAAGAUCUAUGAAGUCCCGGAUAUGACCAUUGCAGGAGCAUUCGAUGAAGCUGCAAACGGCGUUCAUGGGAUCUUCCACACAGCAUCUCCAUUUAACUUUGCGCUCGACACCUACGAUGCAACUGUUACCCCCGCCGUCAAAGGCACCGAGACGAUUUUGAAUUCCGCCCUCAAAGCAGGCCCACAGCUGUCAUCUGUGGUCGUCACAUCCUCCCUCAUCGCAGUUAUAGACCCUGGUGCCGAACCGAACCAUGUGUUCACCGAAGCCGAAUUUGCUUCGACGGCUCUGGAGCGUGCGACCAAGGAACGUGACGAAGGGGUGAAGACGCCAGGCAAUGUUUUGUAUGCGGCGAGCAAGACUGCUGCUGACAGAUUUACGUGGAAAUUUAGAGAGCAGAACAAGCCAUCAUUUGCCAUCUCAAGCAUAAAUCCAGGGGUGGUCAUCGGCCCACCCAUCGUACUACCAGCUUCCGGAUCACAACUUAACGAGACCCUAUUGCCAAUCUACAAUCUCAUGUCCGGGGCAAUGAAGACCAUCUCACCAAACAUCGGCACUGGCUCAUUCGUGGAUGUCCGCGACGUGGCGUACAUGCAUGUCUGGGCCUAUGAAAACCCCUCCAAAGCAGACGGAGAGCGGUACAUUUCCUUUGGAGGCUUCGGGCCUGUCCAGGCAACCGCAGACGUCUUGCGUCAGAAAUACAAAGGGACCAAGAUCGCGGAGAAUAUCAUCCUUGGCAACCCGGGUGAGGGAUAUGUAGGCUAUGAUAAGGAGACGGGAGAGGUGAAAGCGGUUGAAUACCCUCCUGGAAAUAUCCGAGCCAGUGGGAAGAAAGCGGAGACCGAGAUGGGCUUGAAGUUCAUUCCGUUCAUCCAGAGUCUUGGAGAGACUGCAGAUGUAUUGGAGGCGCUGCUGUAAGAAGCGAGUUGGUCCGCGAAACGAACCGGUCCGCGAUACAGUUUGGUAGCGAUCCCCGUACAAAUUCUAUCUUGACCCAUUGCAAUCCAACCACCACUUCGACCACCAAAACUGCUCCACUAUUCGUGGUCAUCAUGUCCCAGAACCACAGUUGAUUCAGAAACCCCUUUACAGGAGCGUAUCUAACUAGCCAAAUAUUUUCUUAUAGCGAACCCGUCAGAGAAGGUCGUUACAGCCGCGCGGAUAUACAAUAUUAAUCGAAAGACCUUGAGCAACUCGAUCCACAGGGCUAAUAGAGCUCCCAAAGCCUAUGGGGCCAAAACAAGAUACUCUCGCCAGGCCAAGAACAGGCAGUUCUUUGGAGUGAACACCAAAAGUCGACACACUCAAGCGAAGUCGACGAUUAGGGGGAUACCUAUAAGUCGGACCAAAGACCUCCCACCCAUGGGUUUUAUUAGACUCGCUAGGUAGUCUGGG